AUUUAAGUAACAGAGAAGGGUUGUUUGUUUGCACGAAUAUUAUUAAGAACGGAUCACGCUUGUAGCUGUUAUUAUUUUUCUGAACACAUUUCGUCAACUUUCUCGCUCGUUCUCAUGCCCGCUGCGCCGGAAUGCAGGCUGUCCAAUCAUGGCCGGAUCAUGAAAUGUGUGACUUUUUUACUUUUGCUCCCUGAAACGUUAAAGAAGUUGAAGCGGGCAAGCAAGCACCCCGGCAGGCUGUCUGUGUGCUAUAACAUCUUAACUCUUUCCCUGAAGAAGAGGAUGGCGGCGGAACUGUACCCGGUCAGCGAUCACGCCACACUGCAGAAGAGCGGCGCCGUGAUGCUGAGUUUGCCGGAGAAGAAGCGGAGCGUGGAGCCGGUAUCACAGACCACCGCGUCCAUCGCCACCACACCGACCACCGAGCAAAACAUCAACAACAACAACGUGGAGAUUCCCAGCUGGCACUCCGCGCACCCGACAUUACGCGAAAGAAAUGCACUGAUGUUCAAUAAUGAACAAAUGGCAGAUGUCCAUUUCAUUGUUGGACCUCCUGGUGAAUCUCAAAGGGUCCCGGCACACAAGUACGUGCUGGCAGUGGGAAGCUCUGUAUUCUGUGCCAUGUUUUACGGGGAUCUCGCAGAAGGGGACUCUGAUAUCCAUAUUCCAGAUGUGGAACCCGCUGCUUUUCUCAUCCUGCUCAAAUACAUGUACAGUGAUGAGAUAGAGCUGGCACCGGACACAGUUUUGGCUACACUCUAUGCUGCAAAGAAAUACCUGGUAUCUGCUCUGGCUCGUGCAUGUGUGGGUUUCCUCGAGACGAGUCUGGAGGCGCGAAAUGCAUGCGUUCUGCUAUCUCAGAGUCGUCUGUUUGAGGAGCCGGAGCUCACACAGAGAUGCUGGGAGGUGAUUGACGCCCAGGCAGAGCUCGCACUGCGCUCUGAAGGCUUCUCUGAGAUUGACCUGCCAACACUGGAGAGCAUCUUGCAAAGGGAAACCCUGAAUGUGAAGGAGUCUGUGGUGUUCCAGGCCGUCCUGGGAUGGGCCGAUGCAGAAUGUCGGAGACAAGGUGUAAGCCCUACCUCGCAGAACCAGCGCUCUGUGUUGGGAAAAGCGUUGCACCUUGUGCGCCUGCCUUCCAUGACACUCCAGGAGUUUGCAGACGGAGCCGCGCAGGUGGACAUUUUAACCCUUGAGGAAACACACAGCAUCUUUUUGUGGUACACAGCAGCUACAAAACCUUCAUUGGGAUUCCCGGUUAAUGCCAGAAAGGGUCUGACGGCGCAACGCUGCCACCGCUUCCAAUCCUCUGCCUACCGAAGCAACCAGUGGCGCUACCGUGGACGCUGUGACAGCAUCCAGUUCGCUGUGGACAAGCGCGUGUUUAUUGCUGGACUUGGCCUGUAUGGCUCCAGCGGAGGGAAAGCGGAAUAUAGUGUGAGAAUUGAACUAAAGAGACAGGGAGUGCUUCUGGCACAAAACUUGACCAAAUUUGUGUCAGACGGCUCUAGCUCAACAUUCCCAGUGUGGUUCGAGCACCCUGUACAGGUUGAGCAGGAUGCCUUCUACACCGUUAGCGCCGUUCUAGAUGGGAGUGAGCUAAGCUACUUUGGACAAGAGGGAAUGACAGAAGUGCAGUGUGGGAAAGUGACCUUCCAGUUUCAGUGUUCCUCUGACAGUACUAAUGGGACAGGGGUGCAAGGGGGACAGAUUCCAGAACUGAUUUUUUAUGCAUGAGUACUUGGACUGAUCCAUUAAUGAAGAGAGAGUAGGGGGGUUCCCCUCUCAAAUAAAUGCCUUUACUCACAAUUUAGCUGCAAGACACAACAGAUGGAGGACAUGCGACACCCUCUGAUAUGAUUCUUUUUUUUUUUUGUCUCACAUGUAAUGGUAUGCUCCCCAAUGUUAUUUAUUUCGUAGAACAUUAUUUUAAAAACACACUUUAAUUUAAACAUAUUAUAUUUCUAAUUAUUCAUAACCUGCCUUAGUACAUUAGUCAAUGGGCAGUUUGCACUUGAAACUAGGCAGCUUUUACUCUGUCUUAUUUAAUUGAUCAUUUGUUGACAGCUUGAUGCUGAGAAAAGGGUUUCAAGAGCCUGAAAAAAUAUAAACAUGUUGUUUCUAUUCAUCAAA